AUGGAGAGUCUGUUGGGCAGUCCAGUGGCAUUGAGCCUUCCUGUAAGAGGGUCUGUAGGUCACAACUUCAAACAUUUGACAUUGAUAAAUGUGAAAUUUGUCAGAAGGACAAAGUCAAGAAAGGCUACGGCAAAGGAGCAAGAACAAGAGAACCACUUACACUGAACAUUAGUGAAUUUGGUAGUGCCACUCUGAUAAAAGCAGCCCGGAUUUGGAAUGACAGCUGCAUGCUAUUGCACAUUGAUGGACGAGACACUAUAGCUAUGGAGAUCAAGUAUCAUCGAAAAUGCUACAAAAAUUAUGUCCACCCAGAGCAACUGGCUAAGUUAGAAGAGCAGAAUUGUCAAGAAAAAGAUGCUGGAACUGAGGGUUAUGACAAAGCAUUUGGUAAAGUCAAAGAAUUUGUUGAAAAAGAAGUCAUCGCUGCGGCAAAAGCCAUUCCGAUGUCAACCCUUAUUGAAAAAUACACUUCCUUCCUUACAGAAGAAGGAGUAGAUGUAGUGACGUACAGAUCCACUAGGCUGAAGAACCGCCUUACGCGUUUUUUUGGAGAGCGACUGUCCUUUCAUCGACCAUCGAACAAAAACCAAUCAGAAUUAGUCUAUGGUUCGCACUUUAAAACAGGAGAGGUGGUAGAAACUAUGCUUAAGAGUACUACGUCUGUUGAUGAAGAG